AUGGACAAAAAUCCUAAAGUUGCAUCAACACAGGGGGUACCUAAUCUGCUAAUUGUUGCAAUUGAUCUCACGCCAGUGUGGUGGGGCUUGAAUAAUUCAGAAGACUUUAACGUAUUUCACUGCAUAGACGCUGUACUUUCUUAUUCAAAUUUGCACAUGAUGCUCUCACCACUGAAUGAAGUUGCAAUCUUUGGAGUUACAGAGAAGGUUGCAUUUUUAUUCCCAAAUUUUGAAGACCCGGAUAAUUCUGAAUCCAAUUUGCCUUUAGAAGGCCAGUACAAGGUUUUAUCUCAAAUGAAUGAGAGUGUACGUCAGAAAGCAGUUAAACUUAUGAGCAGCAGCAGCUCCCUCAAUUCAUCUGUAAUCUUUUCUGGUGCAGUUAUUAGAGCCUUGUGCUACUAUAUGCGAAGAUGUCGCGAACUUCAGCCCACCUUUGCUCUUCCUGAUGGCGAUGAUGCGGACCUUGGUGAUUCAAACUCUAACUUGGAUCAUUUUUCUGUUUUGACGGAUAAACUCCGCUGCCGCAUUCUCGUUGUUCGUGCUGCUGAAGAUAAUCCAUCCCAA